UCCAAAGAGCAGAUGGAAGCAGUGAAGAUCCUGGUCCUUUGGGGCUGUUUCCUCUUGUGGAACCCACUUACCCAAUCAACUCAGCUUUACCCUGGAAUCAAAGUGAGGAUUACUCAGAAGGGCCUGGACUAUGGUAUACAGGCUGCAAUGGAAGCAGUUGAGGUAAUAAUGAAGACAAAUGGGAUUCCGGAUUUUGAAGGCUCUGAAUCUCUUGACUUUUUAAAGGUUGACUAUGUUGACUAUAAUUUUUCAAACAUAAAAAUCAAUACGUUCUCAUUUCCAAACAUUUCAUUAACCCCUGUGCAUGAAACUGGAGUUAAAAUAUUAACCAAUCAUGGUUCAACAAACAUCAGCAUGGGAUGGGAAAUAAUGUCUCCACUUUUAAAAGAUGAAGGAGGAGCUACUCUGUUUCUGGGUGAGAUCUUUUUCUUGGGUCUCAUUAACCUGUCCCGGAGUGAUACAGGUCACCCAACCAUGCAUUUAGCAGAUUGCUAUGUUCAAGUUGGUCAUGCCCACAUCUCAUUUUCAGGAGAACUCAGUGCCCUAUAUAACUCAUUUGCACAUCCAAUGGAGAAGCCUAUUCUGAAGACCUUGAAUAAAAGACUAUGUACAAUUAUCACGGAUCAGUUUGAAGAAAUAAAUGCAAAUAUCAGCUCUCUGGAUGUUGUAACCAAGUUUAGUGAGGAUGCUGUGCUAGAUUAUUCCCUUCUGGAGCCUCCAGAAAUCACCCAGUCAUCCAUUGAUCUACAAUUGAAGGGCACUUUCUACCCAGUGGGAAAUUUUACUGACCCUCCAUUCCAACCGGUUCCAUUCACACUCCCAGACCGCAGUGAUUCGAUGCUUUACAUUGGAAUCUCAGAGUAUUUCUUUAAGUCGGCAUCAUUCACGUAUUUCACCACUGGGGCUUUUGAUAUCACGCUGACCACAAAAGAGCUAUACAAGCACUUAAUUCAAAACUCCCAGGGCAUUGGCAGUUUAUUUUCUCAGAUUGCAGAACUAUAUAUCAUGUCUCAGCCACUGAUGGUGAGAAUUCUGACCACUGAACCCCCAAUGAUCAAUUUAGAACCAAACAAUUUUACCCUCAACAUCCCUGCUUCUAUUGUGAUGAUGACCAAACCUAAAAACAGCACCGAGGAAGCGAUUGUCUCUAUGGAUUUUAUGGCAAGUACCAGUGUGGACCUGGCUAUUUUGGGACAAAAAUUGAUCUGCUCCUUAUCUCUGAACAGAUUCCAGCUCUCUGGACCAGAAUCUAAUCGUAGCUCUAUUGAGGUGCUGAGAUUUGAGAAUAUUCUCUCCUCCAUCCUUCACUUUGGAGUUAUCCCAUUGGCAAAUGCAAGAUUACAGCAAGGCUUCCCCCUGCCUAACCCACAUCAGAUCUCUCUUGUCAAUUCUGAGAUUGAGGUUCACAAGGGUUUCCUUCUGAUUUCCACUGACCUCAGAUAUGCUCCUCUUUGGAGGAAACGAUAUUUUGAAGGCUAG